CUUUGCUUAGUUGAUUGAUCGAACAAAGCCAAAAGCUUUCUCAGUCAAAACUGCCAAAUCACAGUCGAAAACAGCCAAAGAAACCCAGUCUUCCCCCGGAGUUCCCCACCACCCUUUUUCCUUCUUCUUUUCUUUCUUCACUUUCUCUCACUACCAUCCAAACAACCAAUUUUGGCAUUAAUUCCCCUCCCCCUUCUCCCCUCUGUCGCUUUCCCUCCGUAAUAAAAGAAGAAACCCCGUAUCAUUUCAUUCUCUUCCUCUUUCCUUUACAACAACCCAACUCUCUCACCCCCUUUUUUUCAUUGUUUUAAACCCUUCCUUCUUUUUUGCUUGGUUGAUUCGCUUCACGGAUCUGAUUUGCUAACAGAAGAGCGAGACUCGAUGACUCUUUUUUUUUUUUCAUUUUGAUUUAGAGAUUUGAAGCUAUUUGGUUUAGGGUUUGGAACCCAUGUUUGGAUCGGAGAUGGAGACGAGGAUGAAGAAAUAUAGGCAAGUGAGUCCGGAGAGAGCUAAAGUUUGGACUGAGAAAUCGCCUAAGUACUAUCAGCAUAACCGGAAAGUUCCGGUUGUUUAUUAUCUCUGCAGGAAUCGCCAGCUCGAGCAUCCUCAUUUCAUUGAAGUUCCUCUCUCUUCUCCUGAUGGACUUUAUUUGAGGGAUGUGAUUGAAAGGCUUAAUAAUCUUAGAGGCAGAGGGAUGGCUUCCUUGUAUUCUUGGUCUUGCAAAAGGAGCUAUAGGAAUGGAUUUGUAUGGCAUGAUCUUUCUGAAGAUGAUUUAAUUCUUCCGGCCCAUGGAAAUGAAUACGUUCUCAAAGGCUCCGAAUUAUUCGAAGAGUCUAACUCAGAUCGUUUUAGUCCAGUUGCGAAUAGCAGUAGAUUGCAAAAUCUGAAGCAGUUGCCUGAACCACCGUCUUCUUCUAGAAGCCAAGAUGAUUCUUCAUCUUCUUCCAGUUUGAUUGGGAAGAGAACGAAGCAUUCUCAGGAUGAUGAGCUCUCUUCUCCGGUUAACCGUCCAACUCCUGGGUCAUCUGGUGCGUCGCCAGAGUCUAGAUAUGGAAAGAAUUCUUCCUGGGGCUGUUCACUUAGUUUGACCGAGUAUAAGGUCUGUAAGAAUGAUGGGUUAGCUGAUGCUUCAACACAGACUGAGGAAAACACAGACAGACCUAAGUCACGAGAAACUUGUACAAGGGGUGUUUCGACUGAUGAUGGGUCUUUAGAACCCGAAUGCAAUGAGAAUUUCCAAAACCAGGUCCCUACCGCUUGUGUAAAAGAUAAUCCCGAGAUAUGCAGGAAUCCAGUUUCUCCACCAUCCACUUCUAGUGCAUCAUCUACAGGAGGGAAACCUGAAACAUUGGAAUCUCUAAUCCGAGCGGAUGCUAGUAAAAUCAAUAGUUUUAGGAUUCUUGAGGAGGAAGAUAUUCGAAUGCCAACAAAUGCUAGGCUCAAGGCAACAAGCAUGUUGAUGCAGUUAAUCUCAUGUGGUUCGAUAUCUGUGAAAGACCAUAGUUUUGGCCUUGUUCCAACCUACAGGCCUAGGUUUUCCCAUUCAAAAUUUUCUUCGCCAUUGUUCUCUACUUCAAUCAUGUUGGGUGAGCUUGAUUGCUUAUCCGAGAAUCCGAGGUUGAUGGGCCUGAGAUUGGAAGACAAAGAAUAUUUCAGUGGUAGCUUGAUUGAGACGAAGAUGCUCAAAGAAGGAGAAGGGCAUACCACUCUGAAACGUUCUUCUUCAUAUAAUGAUGAUAGGGCUCGUAAGGAGUUGGAAUCAGCUGAAGACAAAGAAGAGAUGAAUUCAGGUCAUUCAAAAUGCAUCCCCCGCUCUAUCAAGGCUUCGCUAAGCAAGCAGCCAAGAAGUGAGUCCAUGAGAUCUCCUAUCUCUGAAAAACCAAGAAACUCCUCUGAUGGGAUAUCCACUGGUGACAGUAGAAGACUCACUGAGCCUGUUAAUAAAAAGCACUCGAAAAGGUUGGAUUCAUUCAGAGAAGAGGAGCAGGUGAUCAAAAUUGAAGAAAGGCUUGCUUCAGGAGCUCGGGUUAUAAUCCAAUCCAAGGCACCUUGUGAUACCAUUGUUGGUUUCUCCUAGGAAAGCAGCAUGUUAAAGGUUUGUGGGGACCAACAGUGCAAUUUCACAGUUGCCUUAAUAUAUAUACAAGGAAAAGUUUUAGGUGAGGGGAGGUUAUCGAAGUUCAAGGUCAGCCAUCUCACCGGUUUUAUUCAUCAAGUGCUAGUUUAGUGAAAAAAAAAAUGAAGUUGAGAAAUUUGGUUUUAAGGUUUCGUAGUUAGCUUUGUGGGUUGUUUUAAAUUAUAUUCAAAUUCAUUAAUAUUAGGCCGAGAGUAUACUUGUUUCGAUUUUUAAAAAAACUUGAUGGUCAAUCAAAUAGCGACGUUGAAAUCA